AAUCAGUUUUGGAAACAAAAAUUGUUAUGGAACACUUAGUAACAUCUAAGCUUGAAUAUGGAAGAUCAAGAACUGCAGAAAGAAAGAGCUAUCAUCCGAAAAAUCCUGAACUUUCAUGGGAUAUAGCCAUUGAUAAAAAUCAUUUGCUUAUAAUUGGAGGCUGUGGCGGACCUAACAAACUGUAUACAGACAUAUGGCUUCUAAAAAUGAGUAGUGAUCUAAAUGUUGUGUGGGAAUGGCAAGAAAUGUGCGUUCGUAUGAAAGAAAAUGGCGCACCUCAUCUUGCAUUUCAUCCAGCUUGUAAGGUUGGUAGCCAAGUUGCAGUUAUGAGCAAAACCCAACGAUCUAGAACAUCACCUUCUUCACUUCCACAUCUUUUGCGAGCUCCAUCACGCAUAUGGGUGCCACCUCGCAUUAAUAUGGAAAAUGGCAUUGAUGUGAAAAUUUCAAAACGUCCUCCACCAGAAAUUGAACCAUGUGUCAAUGGUAAACGAGGAGUUCUUAAGCGUCACAUAGAUCGGCAGAAUAAUUCCACAUCUAGUCAUAUGUCAAGUAGUGAUGAAGAUGAUUUCCAUUCUCAAGAUUUAGCGAAGAGAAAAUCUAGCAAUUUGGGCUUGAAUUCUGGUGCACGUUCUUCUCGUGAUAACUCUAAAACUUUCCUUGUUUCAUCUGUUAAUUCACCUUCAACCUCAGGUUAUCAAAACACAGCUGCUAAAAACUCUGUUUCAUCAUCAUACACAGCAUCAGGACAAAUAAGUAAUUCUGAUUCUAAAGGGAAUGUAGAUAAUACAAGUUCAUCACAUAAUUCUAGAGAUGCUUCUGUGCAAAACUCACAAAAACAUCCACCAUUAAAUCCAUAUGCUUCUCGACGUAAUAGACAGAGGCAGUUAGAAGGAUUAGAUCGUAUGGAACAGAGGUUAAGAGACCUUCGAGCUGGUACUUUGAGUUUUCCUAUGGUUUCUUCAAAAGUAUUCCAGAAACACACUUGUUCUCACAUAGUAACAGCCAAAAAUCCAAUGUGUUUAUAUGUUUUGGACAUUAGUACUGCAUCAUCAGAGGGAUAUGUUACUUGGAGAAUGUUGAAGAAUCAGUCACCCUCUGCACCUGAAGAAGUUAUUUUACACUCUUUAGUGCUUAGGAAAGGUGAACUUAUUAUGUUUGGAGGAAUCCAGAAAGACUUAAAUUCAAGGCAGCAAGAAGGCGAGACGGUGCACGAAGUUGUUUCAAACUCUUUACAUUUUAUGACUGCUGAGCAUUUUGUGAUUUGAUGAGACAUUCAUGCUGUAAAAUUUUCACUUUAAUGAAAGUUUUUCUUUCUUUUUUUUCUUUUUUAAACUGUGGCUUCAGAAAUGCCUGGCAGUUUUGUGAUGGAAAAUAAGAAAAGAAAAGUUUAACAGAAAGCUGGAUUGUUCAAAUUUGAGUUUUGUGCAUUACUUUUUCCAUGCAUUUUUCAGAGACUUUCAGAAGACUGAAAUUUAUUUUUAAAAUGCAAUCAGUAAUUAGCUAUGCGUAAAUACGAUUAUAUUUCCAUAAUAAUCAAGUUUCUUUAACAAAGAGCAUUUACUUAGCACUAUGGCCAAAGCAUAUGCUGUGAAUAGCAAAUUUUUAUUGUUAAUUUGUAAUAUAAUUCUCUUCUUAUGCAGCUGUAUUGUAUAUAUUAAAUAUUUUAUUGUAAACUGAAAUUGAGAAGAAGUCAUGACGGUAUUAAACAGAUCUUUCUUGUCA